AUAAAUUCCUCAAACCCAGCAGCCAGAACAACCCAAAAGCCAUUGGCGAUCUGCACCACCACCGCCAUAUACAUCCCACCACCACCGCCACUAGAACUCACCACCCCAUCUCUCCCAUCACCACCACCUCCACCUCCACUCCCAUCUUUCCCCCUCUGCCUACCACCACCCAUCGAGCUCUUCUCCCCUUCGCUAAAUAAACUUUCAAAGCUCAAUAUACAUCAAAAUGUGAAAAUCGAAUCUCGCAAGUUAAGAUUGAGUGGUUUUGUGAGGUUGAGAAACACGGAACUGGAUAACCCAAAGGGCAGUGGUAGCGGUGACGGCGGCCUGGACGUCGGUGGAUUGAAGACGAGCUCAGCCGCUCAGGAUAAAUAA